GAAGUUGGAUUGGUAUCCUUUUUUGUUUUUUUCGAUUGACUUUUUGUUGGUGACCGCCACACAGUCAUUCGUUUAUUUAUAUUUGUACUCCGAAAUAAACAGAAGAUUGUUUAAUUUCUCUUUGGCGAUGGCGAGUUUGGAUGACAAGUGGGAAGCUGUGGACAACUUUGAGUCUGUUGUGGUAGAUCGUGAAAGAGAUGUUUUUCGAGUGACAGAAGAACUGUAUGAUCUUCAUAGCGGCCGAGAGCAACUCAGGGGUGUAACAAGUAGUUGCGACUAUCGCUUGACCAUACCAUUUGCCCCCCAUCUCUUUGGCUCGGGCAAAACGACCUUUGCCCGAACCUAUUUGGAGUUGGUGCAAAGGUUUGGUGAAACUUUUCUGUCGACGUUUGCUUCGGACCCUUCCAGGAGAACCUUUUUUUUGGAGCUGCUGAAGAGGGGUUUCAUUGCUUUAUUUUGCUUUGAUUUAGCUGCUUGUUUGCAAUCAGGUCUUCCGCAACCAGACCCGGACGAAUGUUUCAAGGAACUGAAACUUAGGAGUGAUGCUUUGGUUCAGAAAAUCCGUUCAAUCUUAAACAUUCCUUCUGAUCAAUAUCUUUUUGUGGCAUUUGACGAAGAGAAUGAUGACGGUGUGGUUCGACCUUACAAUGACUUUUUCGGUAUCAUUAGUCAAUUGUGCGAAGAACCCGACUUGUUUUUUAUAGUUGUUGGGAAAAGCAAGGGUUUAAGUAUUAAGAAUUAUGUCUCUUUUGGGCUAUCAAGAGUUAUACUACAUUUUAUUUCUUUAUCACCUUUGGACGCUUCCAGUAUCGUUGAAUUCCUUGAAAAGAGUCUUCUAAAGACACCUACUCAAGUUCCGGUUUGUAAUGUCUUAUGUAGUUCUUCAUUUUCAGUAAAUGAAUUGGCAGAUUCAUUAUUGGAAUGUACAGGUGGAGUUCCUGGUUUGUUGACUCGUGCAGUAAAUAUGCUUUUGAAUUAUAUAAUAGCAAGAAAUCAGCCUUUCAUAUCGAAAGAAGAAUGUUUGACUUGUAUGAAUGACUACGAUUUCCGAAGAAUUUGUGCUGAACCAUUUGUGGAACGAAUAUUUAAUUUGGACGAAGAUAGAAGAAGUGUUUUUGAUUUACUUUUGAUGAUGGCUCUUUAUCGUAUACCGUUUCAAGUAGAUGAUAUAUUGACCUCGGAGUCCUUUUUAUAUGAUGCAGUCACUGAAAUGGGAUUCUAUCGAUAUCCUAUUGACGAGAAUACUUUUCAAGUCCUAAUUCCGAAAGUAUUUGUUGUAAUCUUCAAGAACGACCCUUCCAUCUCUUCUUUGGAAAAGAUACUUCUUGGAUCACUUGAUGUCGAACCAGUAGAUUGUUUCUUCUAUUCAAAGUGUCGUGUAUUUGAAGGAAUUGUUGCUUUACGACUAGUUUUGAUGUUGUCUUCAAAGAAUCGAAAUGAGUUGAGGGAAUUGUUGUGUCAGUUGUCUCCUAUAUGGAAACAAAUGAAACUUCCAAUGAGUGCAAUAUCACCUAUUCACUAUAUCAAGUCUGUUGUUAGUUCUAGAGAAACAAGAAAUGAAUCGAACAAGAGUCGAAGAACUUUUGCCAGUACUGAAUGGAAUAAGAUUAUUCGGGAGACACUUUAUUUAGAGACUGUUUACAUUCCUUUGGACGCUACUUCUCAUAGUCCUGAUAUUAUAUUCCAAUUACAAUCUCCUGUGGAACCCAAAGUUCUUACUGUUGGAGUUGCUUGUAAAGGACGUUGGAAGUCGGAAGGAAUUGGCUGGUCAGAUAUUAUAGAUGAAGCCAAGAAAUUUUUAGAUCCUGUUUAUGAUCAAGUCUUAUCCAGUGCAAUGGAUUAUCAUCAUUGUAUGCUUAUUAUCGUUAGUACAAAGUUAUCAUUGAAUGUUUCUAAUGAGUUGGGUAAUCAGAGUCGUUGUUACUCCAGUGGAAUGUUUAUUGGAGGUGAUUUUUUCAAAGUACCUGAUAAUUGUGAACUUGUUAUUCUUUGUGAAAGAGAUGUCCAAAUGCUGAUUGACGACGAAAUUUUGAAUGGACUUGAAAGAGCGUUUGGUGUUUCUCAUAAUCCUACUUUUUGGGAUUUUGGAUUAGAUUUACUUGAUAGAAUCCGUAACAGUUUCUUAAGUUGGCAAUAGAUUCUAACUCAAUCCUUUUCUUUGUUUUGAAGAGCAAAUGAACUAUUUUUUGUAUGUUUGAAACUUGGUUACAUCUUACUUUUUUGCCUCUUUGGAGACCAUACAUUCUUUUCCGAAAAGAGUUUAUUAGCUGGCUGACAGGGCUGGUUCACAGUAGUUCAUUCUUAUCUAGCCAUUUUACAUGGCUAUGUAAUUGCAUAAUACAUUCUGAAUAUUAUCAAUACUAAACAUACGACAAUUGUAUUCAAUAAGUUGAGUCAUUUUUGGUGUCUAUGACAAUAGAUUGGCUAUUUUGAAGCAAUUGUAGAAAACUUUGUUGGGAAAGGCUCUCAAGUCAUGAAAAAGUCCGUAUUGGAGAAACAGAAAACUCUAUAUGACACCAGAAAGCGCUUUGUCUUUGCUCCAAUUGUUUUAGAAUCUCACAUUCUUUCUUCUCUUCUACGUAUGAAUGGAAUAUUUGUUGAAAUUGAAACGUUUCUAAAAUGUUUCGAUUUUUCAGCAUAGUCUCACAAUGGAUGACUUCAAAAGGCUGUUGGAUCAGUUUGUUACCAAAAUAGAUCGCUAUGGAAGCUUGAGACACGUUGAUAAUGACUCAAUUUGAGCAAUGGAAAGUUAUACAACAAAAAACUUUUUAUUCAAAAUAAAAUGCAAGGCUUAAAC